UGUAAUGGUGUUUAUAGAUAUAGUCCGAAUGUAAAAGAAUAUCGGAACACAUGUGAUCUCUCAAUUACAUAUAUAUUCUAUUCGUGCAAAGGCAUGCAAAGGUAUAGCUAUCAUUCGUAAAUAACACACGCAUGGUCAUGUGUGUAACAUAUAAGUAUCAUCCUGCCACGAGGAGGUCAGUACUUAUGUGUCACAGUAUUGCGGUAGAAGUUACCGGCGUCAUUUGACAACUAAGAACACGGUGUUUAAUAAUUAAGGAUAUUUUACCAAAUUUUAGAUCAAGUAUAUAUUACACAGUUGUUAUUUAGAAUUAAAAAUUCAAAGAAAGAAAUAGGAGUGGCAAUUAUUAUCUAGCGUUAGUGAUUAAUAUAUUUUAGUGCUGUUUAAUGUUAUCAGCUUCAACUGGAAAAGUAAUUUGUUCACAUGAAAGUGCUUUUCUUUUUGAAACAAAUUAUCUAAAGUGAAAAAAUGAUCGAUGAAGAAAAGUUUCUAAGUUAUUUCGGAGUCUUCCGAACAAAAUAUGAUCGUAUUAAUUAUUCAGAAAUAUAAUCUAUGUCUUGUCAAUAUAUACGUUCCUGACAACUUUCUGAAUAUAUUUCUACGAUAUUAAAAAUCACCAUUAUAAAACAGAGUGUCUUCUUCAAUAAUGUACUGUUGUACUGUUUUCAAGUGUACAAGAUAUCAAUAAUGAUAUUUGAAAUCAUAAAUCAGAAGAAAAGGAACUAUAUACGUAGAUAAGAAUGAAAUUACAUAAAUAAUAAUUAACAAUCAGAUGUAAGAAUAAAACGGAAGUUUAAAAAAGAAUUAACGAAGGAAGUGACGAACGAAGUAAAAUGUUCUGACUAAAAGAACACAACAAAAUAUACACAACAAACAUUUAUAUAUAUUUCAAAACAUUAAUCAUAAAGAUUGCAAUUAAUUAUCCAAAAACAUCCAGUUCUGUGUAACGGAUUUGUAUUCGUCUUAGAUCCGAUAAAAAAACUGUUAGCAUGUUUCUUAAUGGGCCAAGGGUACCCGAACCUCGUCUGAUUCGGAAAAGUGAUAACUAUAGAGUAGAUAGCUAGUAUUCCAUUCAUAAUUGAGAAAAAGAGUCAAAGCAAGGCUAAGUCACAAAUACAAACUGUGAUCGAUCAUCAUUUACUCAACUAUACUGACGUUACUGUUGCAAGUUUUACAUAUAAAUGUCGAUCGGAACCAGAAUCUGAUUUUUUUAUCAAUUCUCCGUUAUUUCCUGUAACACAUUUGUCAAUCGAUCAAUGACUGAAAUAAAGUUGCGAAAACGCUCGUCAAUCGAUGUACGUGCAACUAUACAUUUAAUGUUUUAAAAAAAAAAACAAUUUUUUUGAGAAAAAGAUCAGAAGUUUAUUAUUACUGACACUCAUAAUGUUACAUACGGUGACUCCAGUGUAUUCCCUUUUCUUUACCAAACUAUGAUUAGCACGAUGAGCAACGAAAGAAUUUAUAAAGUUAACAAUUUUCAACAUCGAUAAUAUACCCUUGUAGGAAGUUGUGACACUUGGGAUUUUCAUGCGAUAUAAUAAUAAUAAUAAUUUGAUGAAGAUUAGUGUGUUGCAUGAAGCAUCAUUUAGUGCGAAUCGUUAUCAUGAAAAUAGACAGAUCGAUCUCGCUCUCUGUUAAAGAAAACAGAAUUUUAUUAUCAUUUCAAUCUACAGGAUGGCAAUAUUGAUCAAAAUUACCCUGUGGAACUUAUACUUUUUUUUAACUGUUACCGAUGACAAAGAAUUCUUCUCGACAUUGUUUAUCAAACAUUUUUGAACACAAUGGAUAACAAUGAACUUCGAAUUGAGGAUGAAACACAGAAUAGCCACAGCAGACAGCCGAGUUUAUCUAUACAUAACACAAAUAUUACUGAAUCAAGCUCGAACGAAUCUCAAACGAACGUGAAUACGAUGGGAACAGAAAAUGCGCCAUCGAAAGAAACAUCCGAAAGUUCAAAGAAUUCUUCGCCCCGAAAAACCAUGGCAAAUUCUAUAAAAUCAGAUUCUCCCAGUGUGAACAAAAGCACGCAAGUUGAAAAUACCAAAGAAAUAAUUUAUGAAGUGGAUAAAAAUGGUAUUCAAUCGAAUGGAUCGCCAAUAAUUAACAAAAAAUUAUCCAGGGCCAGCGUUUAUCCCUCAGGAACAAAUGUGACUGCACGGGAUGCUUUCGGUCCUAAACUUACAGUACCAGCGACACCAGAAGAUACUCCGUCGUUGCCAGAAACACCGAUUUCUGAAGAUAUACCACGAAAUAUUUUAUUGCAAAAGGAUUCGUCCUCAGAAGGGGAAGUGGAUCCUGAAACACUCUACUUCCGAGAUGGUCGUAGACGCAUUGAUAUCGUGCUGGUGUAUCAAGAAGAGAACAAUGGGGUAAUGACUGAAAUAGAAGCGCGUCGAAGAGAACAGAGACGUGUUUUUCAACAGAAUCUAUUAAAAGAGGGUUUGCAGUUGGAACUGGAACCAAAAGAGAACUCAUUCGAUGGAAAAACUUAUUUCUUGAAGUUGCACAUUCCAUGGAAGAUCAAAGUUCAAUACGCUGAAGUAAUGAACUUAAAAUUACCCACAAAAAGAUUCAUUACUAUUUCUGUUAAGGCUUGGCAAGGUAAUGAGGAUGUGAAAGAAAACUCAAAAUUUUGGGAAAAAUGGAUACAAUGGAUAAAAAGAAUACAUACUUGGGACACAAAGAAGUACCCGGAAGAACCUAGCUUUUAUGAUAGCAUUGAUUCUGGUGAUCGAGAAGAAAGAUUUGUAGUAAAAGAUAGGGAUACAGCUUAUACACCAGCGCAAAGAUCUUUGAUAGUGAUGCAAAUAUUAUUGAGGACACGGUACGAUGAAAAUCACGAAAAAGCAGGUAUCCGUAGACUUUUGACGGAUGGAACGUAUCUUGAUUGCUUUUCUUUGCAUGAGGGCCCUUAUAAUAAGCCUGGACUCAAUGGCGAAAUUCUUGAUAGAUAUUUACUAUAUUUAAUAUGGGCUAGACCUUCGCAAUGGUAUAAGAAACAACCUCUAUGGUUGAUCAGACGAUAUUUCGGUGAAAAGGUAGCUCUUUACUUCGCAUGGCUAGGAUUUUACACAAAAUGUCUGUAUGCUCCAGCAAUCGUUGGCCUUUUAUGUUUCAUGUAUGGUGUAGGAAGUAUGGAUGGACCUGAUAACAUACCUAGCAAAGAAAUAUGUGAUUCUAAUAUAGCAGGAAAUAUUACAUUAUGUCCUCUCUGUGACAAAGCAUGUAGUUAUCAAAGACUCGGCGAAUCCUGCAUAUUCUCAAAAUUAACUUACUUAUUCGAUAAUCCUGCCACUGUCUUCUUUGCCAUCUUCAUGUCUUUUUGGGCCACAACAUUUCUUGAGUUAUGGAAAAGGAGACAAGCUGUAAUAGUUUGGGAAUGGGAUCUCCAGAAUGUUGAAAGCGAUGAAGAACCUAGACCUGAAUUCGAGACCACAGUGAAAACAUUUCGAAUAAAUCCUGUGACCAGGGAAAGAGAACCUUAUUUACCAGUAUGGUCUAAGGUUUUACGUUCUUGUGCCACAAGUUCUAUAGUAUUUUUUAUGAUAUGCGUAGUUUUGGGUGCUGUUCUGGCAACUAUUAUCUCUCGAAUAUCGCUAGUAGCCGUAUUUUAUGGUGGCGGGGGUUCAUUUUUAAAAAGACACGCAAAAAUCUUCACCUCCAUGACUGCCGCUUUAAUUAACUUGAUUAUCAUCAUGAUUCUUACACGAGUAUAUCAUCGUUUAGCACGGUGGAUGGUGAACAUGGAGAAUCCUAGGACGCAGACCGAGUACGAAUCCAGUUUCACAUUCAAGAUAUUUCUCUUCGAGUUCGUCAAUUUUUAUUCAUCUCUUAUCUAUAUAGCAUUCUUUAAAGGUAGAUUUUUUGUUCAUCCCGGAGACACAACCGCUCGAGCUUCUGAAUUUUCUCGUAUAAAAACAGACGUUUGCGAUCCAGCUGGAUGCCUAUCAGAAGUUUGUAUACAGCUCGCUAUUAUAAUGGUGGGCAAGCAAUGCUUUAAUAAUUUUGUUGAGAUAUUGUCACCGAAAAUGUGGAAUUGGUGGCGCAAAAGAAACCAUGUUGCCGCUACAAAAGAUCACGGCAGACCAUAUACUUAUUGGGAAAAGGAUUAUCAGUUGCAGGAUCCUGGAAGACUUGCAUUGUUUGAUGAAUAUUUAGAAAUGAUUUUACAGUAUGGAUUUGUAACUUUAUUCGUCGCCGCAUUUCCAUUAGCACCAUUGUUUGCGUUAUUAAAUAACAUAGCUGAAAUACGACUUGAUGCAUAUAAGAUGAUAAAGGAGGCAAGGAGGCCAUUAGCGGAGAGGGUGGAAGAUAUAGGAGCUUGGUAUGGUAUACUUCGUGGAGUAACUUACGUUGCUGUAGUAUCAAAUGCAUUUGUUAUCGCGUACACGUCAGAUUUUAUUCCGCGUAGUGUUUAUGCUAUCGUUUACUCUCCCACAGAGGAUUUAGUGGGUUAUAUCGAUAGUUCUCUAUCAGAAUUCAAUACAUCAGAUUAUCGAGAAGACAUGAAGAGUGAUAUGGAUAAAAAUCAUCCGGAAACUUGUCAAUACAGAGGCUACAGAAAUGGACCGGAUCACUCAAACGAUCCAUACGGACUCAGUCCGCAAUAUUGGCAUGUUUUCGCAGCCCGUUUAGCUUUUGUCGUCGUCUUUGAGCAUAUCGUUUUCGCCUUAACUGGCAUUAUGAGCUACGUGAUACCAGCUGUACCUCGUUCUUUGGCGACUCAAUUGCAACGGGAACGUUUAUUGGCUCAAGAGGCCAAGUACGAGAAAGGUAUAAAAAGUAGAGAAGACGAGGAUGAUAUUCUGUCAAUGCUUAGAGAAGCAGGUAGUAUUGGAGGAAGAGCUGCAGGAGGUGCCAGAGGGAGCUGGGCAAGACGCUUUAGUAAACUGAGCGAUGGCUUAGAUGCCCACGUUGAUGUAGCUUCCAGACACAAUAGAAACAGUGAUGGUUCGACUGUGUGGGAAGUAACAUGAUUUCGAAGGGUGCUGUGAGGAAGUAAUACGAUUUCAUGAGCCGUUCAAAGACCAACUCCACUUUUUGAAUUUUUAAAAUAACAAAGUGAUACUUAACUUUGUAUGUAUUUGAAUAUAUUUGAAAAUCUUUCUUUAAUAAUUAGGUUUUAUUUAAUUAAAUAAAAUUUUUUUUGACCGUGGAACAAUAAUUUAUUUCAGAAGCCAAUGUGAUUAUUCCAAAGAUAUAGCAUUUCAUGCCGUUAGAUGGAAGCUACGUUUGUAUUCUCAAUAACAUCCUACAAUGUUUUGAGAUUACAUUUUAAAAGAAAUUUUAAAAAUAGUAUACAGUAUUUUGCCCAUUUCUCAAUUUUUUGUUUUGUGGAGUUAAUCGAUUUGGCAAAUGAACGGUUCAAGAGAUAUUAUUAUUAUUUAACAAAAUUUUUUAAAUAUUUAUCUCGCUCAUUUGUAUAAGGAUUAUUUAGUUCUAUCAUUAUGUAAAUUGUACUUAAAUGAAAUAACUACGUAUGUAAGUAAAUAUCGGAUAUUAGACACGAAGAAAUGAGCCGAUAUUUGUGAUAUUUCAGAAAAUUGUGUAAAAAAUGCAAACAAAAGAAACAAGAAACAAUCAAACCUAUAUGUGAUGAUGUAUGAAUGCCAAAAAUAUAUCAAUACUUUCUAAAGAUCCGUCAAAAAUUGAUUCAACGAAUUUUCAAAGUUCGGUCAUGAAAUUAAUGACAUAUGUAUAAUUUGUUAUAUAAACGCUAUCAGUAUUAACACACACAGAAUUACCUCCUGGUACUUAAAUCAGAUACUCAUUUUCUAAAAUUAUAUUCCAAAAUAGUUUUAAGUAGUAUUCACCAGUUGCCAGUGAUAAAACAAAUUUAUAAAUAUACAUAUAAUUUUUAAAACAAAUUUAUUAACAUACAAUUUAUUAACAUAUAUGAAAGAAAAAAAGAAAUAUGAUGACUGAAUUCGUAAAGACGCUUUUAUAGUAAUU